AUGCCAGAUCCAUGCAAGCCUCAAGCAUGCGCAAUUCAAGCUUGCUUGUCGAAAACUGGGUUUAACGAAAGCAAAUGCUCUCAAGUUAUAGAUCAGCUUUACGAGUGUUGCACAAAGUUCUACCAGGAGAAAGGGCCAGACGCUCGCACGCCAUGCUGCCCCGUCCCAAGGCUUUUAGAGCUUAAGCUGGAACAACGUAACAAGGAGCCGUUAGAUGCAAGACUACUCAAAUAA